AUGGCAACCCACGUCGGCCACUCAGCAGGACUGCCCGCGCCGGCGUCCUGGUGCCGCAGCGCCUGCUCUUCUGGCCGCAGGCGAUCCGCCAAAAGGGCUUUCUUGGUCUUCUCUCUUCUCGCUCUCUCGGCGGUACUCACUCCCAUCUUGUUUCCGACCAUAGCUCACUCGCGGCCAAGCUUCGUCAAUGCCGACCCUGGCGCCGGAUCCGUCGACCCCGGGCAAGAGAGCGAAAGCUCGGCCUCUGAGGACGCCUCGAAGUUGACAAGUGCAGGCGCAGCACACAUACCUGGAGCAAAGGCAGGGGAAAAUGCGGCGGGAGCGCUCUCCACAGCGCGAGGCGAAGGCGUAAAAGACAGAGAAGGUCUUCUGUUGUGGAACGGCGAGCAGGCUGCGCCGGCAGAAAUAAAGUCCAGGUUACUCUCGAUGAGGAACCACGCGGGAAGCCUCACAGACAAAUUUAUGGAGAAGAUUGCGCAACUCACUGCUCAAAUCGAUCUCCUGCGUAUGGAAGUCAACAAGGCCAAGGGGGAAAUCCAGCAUCUCAACGAAUCAUUCGACGGCAAAACAGAAGAAACUUUACGCAUGAUUGACAGUCGAUCGGCGGACUUCAUCCGCGGUUUGUCGCGCGUUGAGGAGCAGCUGGACGCGCAGCUCAGACCGCCAAACGGCGCCGUUUACAAACAUCUGCAGGAGCUCCGUGACCAGCUGACUCAGAUCCGAGCGCAGGCGGAGAGCUCGUUUAACACGGAAGCGUCGAGUGUGAUGCGGCAGAUCGACACGUGCAGCGCGAAGGUCGAUGAGCUCACGCGGGUGUACUUUGACAUGCGGCACCGUAUGGACGUGGAGGUGAACGACAUCGACGCGCGUAUGAUUGCAGCUCGACGCGAGUUGGAUGAUUUGGUGCAUGAACGGCUGACUGCGUUAGGGGAAGCCGAGCAGCGAAUUACAGCGGAUGCGAUCACGCGUCUCCGAGAUUUCCUGCAAAAUCUCCAUCUAGAAGAGAACAUGUUGCAGGAUAUGGUCCAGAGUAUUCAGCGGGAUUUCCUCGAGCCGUCUUCAUUCACGGGGUCCCGCACGCACCGCGAGAAGGGGGCCACGUAUAUCGAUCUGAGCAGCUCCUUCGCCAGUAGCAAAAUCGAGAAAGUGUGUGGUGUCAUGACCCACCUGGUGAAGCAACUUCUUCCAGGGAAAACGGUAAUCCCCAUUUUCAUUCAUACCGUCCCUCAGGUAUCCACGACGAAUCUGCCCAACAGGGAAAAGGGUGUGAAACUUUUUGGAGGGUUAGGUGGUGCACGGGCUCUCUUUAACUCGCUGAACCUCGGACCUUCAGGAUGGGGCGGGGGAGAGGAAGAGAAGAAAGAAGAAAAGGCCCACUCGGAGGCUCCUAUUAUCGAGAUGGUUCUACCUGAUGAACAUAUGAUUGCCGCUGUGGCAGUGGGGUGGCUGCGUGAACGACAGCGAACGGGUCCGCUGUUUGACCACUAUGCAGUCGUCCGUGUGGAUGGGCUGCUAGCGGAGUCCUAUACCGUUCCUUUCCUGCAGUAUCUGCAGUUUGAUUACACACAGGAAAACCGCUUCGCCCUCGCGCGCACUGACCAGUUCGCUGAGAAGCUUGAGACGACGAUUCACGAGAAACUGAGUCUCUUGGCGGAAGCACUCGAGAAAAAUACGUACUUGCUGAUUGCCUAUCUUGGAGAGGCCACUGGAGACGUGAAACCUCAACCGUCCCUUGUUCAGACGAAAAAUCGGAUUUCCACGGCACGACGUCUUCUGAAAAAUCUCAAGGCGCCGAGUUUGGGAGCAUACUUCUGGUUCGAACAGUUCAAGCACCAACUUCAAUUUAUCGAUGAGGUGACUAAGGCCUUCGCCCGCAAUCAAAAGAAACGUCUCGCGAACAAAGUAGUCCUCCAAGGCGACGAUUUCGAAAUUGUUGUUGUUGUGGGCAGGAAGGGAACGGGGGGUGAAAUGCUCAAGAUUUCAAUGCCCCCAUGUCGGCAGGGAGAUCCGUUCUUUUUGCCGGCAUUCACUAUCUUGUCAAUGAACUUGACCGCUCUGACUCCCGAGCUGGUUGCAUUCCCUAGUGACGGGCUGUUGGCGAGGACUCUACAAGUGCUUCUUUCGGAUGUAAGAGGGGGAGCAGCGAACGACGAGGAAAGUGCAGAAAAGUCUCAGCAGAGGGCACCCACGUGCGGUGCAACGAUAUCUACAAACGGCGUGACCAAGCGCAUGUGGCGGCCACAGGUUUUGAAGGUGUCGUUAUCAUACAUGGAGAAGAUUGCAGAAAGUCCAAGGGGUGGAGCGGCCAAGAACAACAGAAGUCCCGCUUUGAAGCAUGUCCCCGUUGUACAAGAUAGCACACAGGAUGCCAUCGGAGCAAACCUACCCAAAGGGUACGAAGAUCUGGCGCAGUACAUCAUCGCAGCCAUCUCGCGAGUCCUGCGGGAUCGGCUUGAGGUCCUCCCUAGAGGAUUCACUCUGUACGUAGUUGCAAACGUGAAAGAGUGA